UCUUUACAGCAGAGAAUCCGGCCUCGGGCACAGACAGAGAGCGGUCUGGGUCUUGGGGAUGUCCUAUUUUAAUCGGAAUCAGAGAGUUUUUCGGGAGAGAGAAACACAGAGAGACGGAGCGGCCGGGAGCUGACUGCAGGAUGUUUCCGCCCCGUCCGCUCGCUGCCUUUAAAUUGCUCAGCACCGCCGCCUCUCGCUUCAUUUCUCACACACUUCAGAGUUCGAGAGAAUUUGUGCAGAGGUUCCGACCAUGACCGAGACCGCAGAAGUGGCUCCACCAGCGGCACCCGCCUCUGCAACCAAGGCUGCCAAGAAGAAGAAGGCGGCCGUCCGGACCAAGUCAACUGGUCCCAAACUGGGCGAUCAAAUCGACAAGAUUGUGGCCGAUUGCCGCAGUCAGCGAGGGGUGUCCGUAGCCGCGAUAAAGAAGAGUUUGGCCAGCAGCGGCGUCGAUGUACAAAAGCUGAAAGGUCAGAUCAGGUUGACCAUUAAAAGGAAAGUGGAUAAAGGCACCCUGGUUCACACUAAGGGCGCAGGUGCCUCCGGCUCCUUGAGGGCCGCUAAAAAAGAACAUACCGGGAAAGUCGUGAAAAAAGCGAAGAAACCAGCGGCCAAGGCACCUAAGACCAAGAAGGCAGUGGCCAAGAAAUCUGUGGCCAGGAAAACAGGUGCCAAGAAAUCUCCCGCCAAGACCAAAGGGGUUAAGAAAACUGUGGUUAAAAAAGCGGCAGCUAAGAAAACAGCGACCAAGAAGACCGCGCAGAAACCCAAGAGUCCGAAGAAAGUCGCAGCCCCCAAGGUGGCCAAGAAGUCGGCAAAACCCAAGCCGAAGGCAAAAUCUGUGAAAGCCAAGACAGCGGCCAAAAAAAAGUAAAUAAGAAAUUGCUCUUAUAAACCUGAAACCAACGGCUCUUCUAAGAGCCACCCACAUCUUCCAGGAAAGAGCUGUGCAGAUUUCGUGUGGUACUUUGGUGGCUAUGUUUUUCCUCAAACUAUUACAUACAGUAAAUUAAAAUCUCUUUCAAUUUUCUGCCUCAGCUCCCGUUUCUGGCAGGACUGAAUUCACUCACCUCGAGAAGCUAUUCAGUACAUGUGCAAACAUUCAGAUUCAGAUAUCUGAGGGAAAUAAAAUGAUUGUUUAAAUUGAAUUGAAAUUGGAUGAUUCGUGAUUCUAUUAAU